AUGACGCCCUCGCCCUUGCCUUGCGGCCAGGCCUCAGAGCCACGGCGACUGCGGAGCGAUCCAAAAGUCUCUGUUAAUAUUGCGGAAGGCUCGCAGAGCCACGGUCGACGAUUCCAGCUUGAAAUGAGCGAGUGUGUUGAGACAAAAACCGUUACUACCACAACCCGCCUUACUCGCAAGUUUCCUCAAGUCUUCGUCCGCGACCCAACCCCGCUUGAAAGCCUCGACACGAAAGAAUACCCUUUAGCGAUGAAACCGACGCCGCCAGAGCUACUGGGUUUCUCCUAUUACGUUCCCGAAGACGACCAAUCUGACGAACAAGACAUGCAGUGCAACGACACAAAGGACACUGCCCUGGACGGCUCUAGUCAACCGGCGGUUACCAAACCUCAGUCGAGGCAACUUGUGACCGGUGCCAUCACACCCACGGUCGUGAAAGCCGAACCCAGUCUGCAACAGACUCCUUUACCAAAUCGAACCAGCCGUCAGGCAUCCCGGUCCCCUUCUGAAUAUUAUCCCCGACGAACUCGUCACACUCGAUCUAGCGUGGCCGACUCGCCGUCAUCCUCAGCUUCUCAGGGCGGUACUGUUCCUGUCGUUACACCUCGAACAUCACAGCGCCUUGCCCGAUCUACCUCGCGCGCCGAGUCAGACAAGUUGAGGCGAUCAUUAGCGCAGCUUUACUCGUUAUAUGACGCAAGCUGUGGUAGUGGAAACACCGCUGCCGCCGACAUGCUGCCCUCCAGCCGCCGUGAUGUUGUCGAAAGACCUACUCGCGGCGGAUCCGGUUUUCUCGCCACCCCCGAUACUUCUGAGGUCGCUAAUUCAGCGAUGGACCGCUCUUUCCAACGACACCGUUCAUUAAAUUCGGAACGACCUCAAUCCCUGCAGGAUUCAUCAUCUGUGCCUGCUGUUGCCUGUGACGCCGCUAGCCCAGCCGGAAGUGACUCUCAUACUGUUUUCAGUAGCAAUGUGGCUACACCCCCAGUCACCGAUGCCGACCCUGAGCCUUUUGGAGACGCUGACGACUCACUUCAACAUUCACUUCGCACUGCAAUUCAUCACAGACCUACAAUUGAUGUAGUUGCUGCUCAAGAUGCGAGUCUCCCAAGUCCGAGGUUGUCGCCUACUCUUGCUGCAUCCCAGUUGCAUUCCGCGGAACCCGAUGAUGGUGCCCAGUCUAGCUUCCAGACAUCAGCGAGUGAUACUACCUUGCCCUGGGUGGAUGAGACCCAGGCCACAGAUGAUACCAAAGCUUUGCAGCUGACGUCAAACUCCCAGUCGACCAAAGAUGGAGGAGCUUUAAGACGGCUCCAACUCAACGACGGUUUCGGACCUGUUGUCCUCGAUACGCAGACACUCCUAGAAGCAUUUGACUCCAUGAAGACCGAAAUGAAGACCUUCAUGAUGUAUCAGUUCCUUCGUCGAUGCCCGCGUCCUACUCUGCGGCUGAUCGCUGAUACCGUGAAUCCUACCUUGAAGUGUGACUUUUUAAGGCAGCUUCCCCUGGAGUUGAGCUACCAUGUCUUGGCUUAUUUGGACCAUCGAGAUUUAUGCAGGGCCGCUCAAGUUUCGAGGCACUGGCGCAAUAUUGUUGACCGCAAUGAAACGGGUUGGAAGGAGCUCUUGGACAGUGACGGCUAUUGCAUGGCACCGGGUGAACUGCACAAAGCCAUCGUCCAAGGUUGGGGCUGGCAGGAUCCGGUUGGGCCCUUGGACUACGAACACGACUUAAGCAUGCAGGGUCGACUUACAUCGUCUGAAUUUGAAUUAACUCGAGCAUUCCGAAGCGAAAUUGCGCCAAAGUCUAGGAGUUCGAAGCGAAAGCGGGGCCUGAAUGCUUAUUCCGCGUCGGAACGAUCGAAACGCAGGGCUGGCGCGUCUCAGGAACCCUCUAUUACUGCCGUGAGAGACCAGAGAAUGGAGACGGAAUUAAAGCAACAUAAGUCUGAGGGACCUCUUUCCGCUGCCAACGCAGCAGCAGCAGCCGUUCCUGAUCCCCAGCUCGGCCUGCCUAGUCUUCGCCAACUUCAUCUUUUCAAGUCCAUCUAUCGCCGUCAUCAUAUGAUUCGUCGAAGCUGGACAAGUGGAGAAGUCGCACCCCGUCAUGUCGCCUUUCCUGCCCAUCCUCGACACGUCAUCACUUGUUUACAGUUUGAUGAUGAUAAAAUAAUAACGGGCAGCGAUGACACAUUAAUUCAUAUCUACGACACGAAGACGGGUAAAUUGCGUAAAAAGCUCGAGGGUCAUGAAGGUGGUGUAUGGGCCCUGCAGUAUGAGGGAAACAUUCUUGUUUCAGGAUCGACCGAUAGGUCGGUUCGGGUUUGGGAUAUCGAGCGAGGACUAUGUCAGCAAGUAUUCUAUGGCCAUACUAGUACUGUGCGAUGCUUGCAGAUUCUUAUGCCCACGGAAACCAGCCUAGAUCUAAGUGGACAGGCUAUUAUGCAACCUGAGAAACCGCUGAUUAUCACUGGAUCUCGAGACAGCCAACUCCGAGUAUGGCGUCUCCCAGAGGUUGGCUCUCGUAGGUAUAUUCAGACGGGGCCGCCAGCGCAGGAGUCUGACUGCCCCUACUUCAUUAGGGUGCUCACGGGCCACACGCAUUCUGUGAGGGCUAUUUCGGCCCAUGGUGACACCCUUGUCAGUGGCUCUUAUGAUAGUACCGUGCGUGUAUGGCGUAUCAGCACCGGUGAAUCGCUGCAUGUUCUUCGUGGACAUUCUCAGAAGGUGUACUCUGUUGUUCUUGACCACAAGCGAAACCGAUGUAUUUCCGGUUCUAUGGACUCACUUGUCAAGAUCUGGGACCUUGCUACUGGUGCUUGUCUCAACACCCUCGAGGGCCAUACUCUUCUGGUUGGUCUCUUGGAUCUACGAGAUGAGCGUCUCGUAUCGGCCGCGGCAGACUCGACGCUUCGAGUUUGGGACCCUGAGAACGGCAGGUGCCGACACACGCUCAUGGCACAUACCGGAGCCAUCACCUGCUUCCAACAUGACGGACAAAAAGUCAUUAGCGGCAGUGAGAAGACUGUGAAAAUGUGGGACGUCAAUACGGGCGAGUGUGUGAAAGAUUUGUUAACUGACCUUACUGGCGUUUGGCAAGUCAAAUUUGACGAACGGCGGUGUGUGGCAGCUGUGCAGCGCGACCAGUUGACCUAUGUUGAGGUAACAUCUACCAGGGAAUUUGAACUACAAGUCUGA